CCCGGCGUCAUGGCGGCUCGGGUGCCCGUGUCCCAGGUGGAGGGCGUCACCCGCCAGCAGUUCUUGCAGCACAUCUACCCGCAGAGGAAGCCCGUGGUGUUGAGGGGGCUGGAACUGGGGCUUUGCACGACGCGGUGGACGGCGCCGGAUUACCUGUGCCGGGCCGGAGGCAGCAGGCCGGUGAAGAUCCACGUGUCCGCCGGGCCGCGGAUGGAUUUCAUCAGUAAGAACUUUGUAUAUAGAACUCUGCCUUUUGACGCAUUUGUCCAGCGCGCAGCGGAAGAGAAGCACGCCGACUUCUUCAUUUCUGAGGAUGAAAAAUACUACCUGCGGUCCCUCGGCGACGACCCUCGGAAAGACGUGGCGGACAUCCGAAAGCAGUUUCCUUCGCUGGCGGGAGACAUAGAGAUUCCCGAAUUUUUUGAGAAGGAGCAGUUCUUUUCCAGCGUUUUCCGGAUCAGCUCUCCGGGGCUCCAGCUGUGGACCCACUAUGAUGUAAUGGACAACCUGUUAAUCCAAGUGACGGGGAAAAAACGGGUCGUUCUCUUCAGCCCUCGAGACGCCGAGUAUUUGUAUUUAUCAGGUAGUAAAUCGGCGGUACUCGACGUGGACAACGCCGACUUGGAAAGAUUCCCCCUGUUUUCGAAGGCCAGGAGGUACGAGUGUUCCCUCGAAGCGGGCGACGUGCUGUUCAUUCCCGCCCUCUGGUUCCAUAACGUGGUUUCGGAGGAGUUCGGAGUCGGCGUGAACGUCUUCUGGAAGCACCUCCCCGCGGACUGCUACGACAGGUCGGACGCUUACGGGAACAGAGACCCCACGGCGGCGGCGAGGGCCGUCCGGAUCUUGGACCGGGCCCUGAAGACCCUCGGUGAACUGCCCGAGGAAUACAGAGACUUCUACGGCCGCCAGAUGGUUUUACGCAUUCGAGACAAGGCCUACAGCACCAACUACGAGUGAGCGGUCCGCUCGGGCCCGCCACCGAGCCUGGACGGAGCCCUCGACCGCUCGCUCCGUGCCGAGCGCUCUGAUCCGGUAGACGGGGUGGACCGUCAGCUCCCGGCGGGCAGGGAACCCAUCUACCGACUCUGUUACGGUGCGCUCUCCCAAGCGCCCGGCAAAAAUAAUAAUAAUGGCAUUUA